AUGUCUGCUGCAGAAGUGCCACGGAUGUUGCAUGUGGCGGUUAUUGCUGCCCAGCGGGCUACUCCUGCGUUGGGGGUGGGCGAUGCCGGAGGAUUCGGACAUCCAUCUCUCGAUCUACCUCCUAGGGCCACCGGGGGAUGGGACUACAUCAAGGUACAGGGCGAGACUAACUGCGUUCCGGUGCUCGACUUCUUUUGCGUCGACGGUCUGUUCGACCAGAUGUGCACCAGCAUGUGUCAAGGGAUCCGCGAUCAGCGGAGGCACAACCCCCAGAAUGUUCUCAGCGACCGGGCCAUUCUGUUGCACAGACGCAUGGGGCGAAACGAGGCGGCGGCUUGCCGAACAAUGGGUUGCCCGCAACGCCUAACUUGGAGCAAUCUCUACCAACAAUACUUCACCAUGCAAUGCGACGAGUUCCCACCAGCAUCUUCCAUGGAAGGCGGCGGGCCUACAGUAACAUGCAUCUCUUGGUACCAAAACAACCUCGGCGGUGUCUACCUCCGCUAUUUCUACGAGGAUCUAGGGCUGAAACAAGACGACCCAUAUAUCAUCCGUAUGGACACCUGCAACUUCCCCGCCACCCCGGUCAGCUACCCGCAAGGAUCCGAGCCUCGCCCCCAUCCCAGGCGCCAAACCGACGACGGCAAACAACAACAGACGGUCCACGCCGCCCACGAACCUCUCUGGGUCCGAGAUCCGCGCACAAAAUCUGAAGGCUACGUGCUCAUACCGCUCGAGGCCGGCGGCCCGGGGACGUACAACGCCACGCUGUCGCUGUCCAACCUAGCGCGUUUGGAGGACGUGUCCAUCGUGGACGGUUCCGGCGGCCUGGUCUGGGAGAGCAACGCAGCCGGGUCGUCGUCGUCGUCGUUUACCAACGGCCAGCGAAGCUUGCAGUACAAGGUCCAGGACGAUACCCAGGAUCUGUUCGUGGCGGCAAAGGCGGCCACGAGCGUGUCCGUCAGCGCGGUGUUUACAGCUACAAAUGUUGCGCAGGCUACGACUGUCCCGGACUCAGCGGCAUCAAGAUCCAUGUGCGGCGACGAUAUGGCAUUUGGCCCUCCAAAUGCUCCCAAGUAUGCGUAG